AUGCAGGCAGCAGGCGUGGUCAGCACAAAAGAGGCGGAGGAGGAAGAUCUGGAGUUCCGGAGGACCCCAACAAAUAAACCCGAACCCCAGUCUGUGGAUGUGCGCACCAUCCGGGAGUGCAAUCCAGGGGCGUCCUCCAACCCCAGCAGCGCGCCCUCCGGGUUGAGGAAGUUGGGGUUCAUACCGCCCACGCCCACCAACGGCGGCGACCCUGCCCGCUGUCCCUGCCCACGCAACGACAAUGCCUCGAGCUGCGCCUACCUUGGAGCUCCAGCAGCGACAAGGACCCGACACCCCUUUGCCUCCUCUCGGUCCGACCGUCCUGGAAACGAGGAUGCUGCGCCCUUCCCCGCGCGCCGCUGUCCUAAACCGGUCUCCGCGCUCCGAGUCCGGGCCUCGCACACGAUCUACGACCAGAAGACAGAGGGAGGGGCGGAUCCAGUAAGCCAGGCUUCUGCCUGCGCUCCCGAGGCGGAGCCGAGCCGAGCCGAGCCAGGAGGAGCCGAGUCGAGAGGAGCCGAGCCGAACGGGGCGGAGACGAGAGGAGCCGAGCUCCGUGGAGCCCUGCCAAGGCGAGCCGAGCUCAGCCGAAUGGAGCUGAGCGCCAGGAGAGCUCAGCGGCCGGAGAGCGAACAAAAGGGGCCGGCGCAGCGGCCAGCGCAGGAAGGUCGGUAAAUAGAGAUGGGAGGUAGCUGUGGCUCAGGUUCCUUCCUGCUAGACUGCGUUCUCCUCCGAGGGCUGCUGGGGAAGUCUCUUGUAUUGGGAAUCUCGAAGCAGAAGAAUCUUGUCCACG